UAUAUAUUCUGAUAUCUGGAUAGGCCUAUAUGCAUAAGACUUUUAAAGAAAUAUACAUUGCAGCUAUCAGCGGAUUAUAGAUUAAAUAUUCAUUUGUACAUUAAAAAACAUCUCUCAUUAUCAUUAUUAAAACUGAAUAUAACCCCCUCUUUUGAAUAGAACAUCGAUAUGGUAUAGAGCUAAAAGUAACAAAUAUACACGGACAUUCGCUAUUAUACACAUGUAUAUAGACCAUUCUCUCCAUAUGGUGUAAACUUUACAGUUAAUUCGCGUUAUCAGCUCUAGAUCAACCCAUUUACCUAUUUAUUGCUUCCGCUGAUAUUUAUUAUUUCUUUUUUCCGAUAACUAGUCCUAAAGUGCAUUUCCCAAUUUAUAAUAGAUUCAAAUUCAUAUGCUAGAAUAUCCCUUUUAUAUCAUCUUUCUUUGGUUUCUCUUUAUCUUGUAUAGUUAUGCCAUUUUAAGAGAAUGAAACAAUUAAUAUACGAUUUACUGAUUGUCGUAAUUUAUUAUAGCGUAAUUAAUUCCUUUUUAUGUAAAUCGCACUUCACCAGAGUAUACCCGACAAAUUGGACAUAUUUCAUAGUCAUCUGGAUUUCUUUUUUUUACUAUUCAUUAUAAACUUGCGAAUUAAACAUUUGACACGGUAGAUAUAUAGUGUAAAUGCUUUCAAAUUUGACCAAAAGUAUUAUUAAAAAAUUGACAGUUGUUUAGUAGUGGUGAUAUACUGAAUAUUCUCGCACCUACGCCAUCAUUAAUUUCCUACAAAAUCUCGCGUUUACUUCCAUGAUCCUGAUUUGCUGUACACGUUCAGGCGGAAUGAAGUGGAGGCGUCAAUAAUAACAGGUUUGUACUCAUAGGUAUUAGAGAGCACUCAUAUAGAAACUUUUCUCUCAGUGGUUAUAUCUUGUGAUGGUUUUUCAUUUCUCCAAAUAACACGAAUAAUAUUUGAGUCAACUCAGCGACCAGUUACCAGUCCAUUACAAUCAUCCUUCAUAAAUGGUUACGGAAGCUGACGAAGUAAUUUAUGUUCAUUGACAUGUUUGCUAUAAGAACAGAAGAACUACGUUUGGUUUUUUAUAAUUCAGGAUAUCUUUUCGGAUGUGCUCAAACAUGACAAUAAAAACGCUGGGAUUCCUGGUGAUAGUUCAAUUUGUACUAGUCGACAUUUGCAAAGGACAAUGUCUGGGUAAUGGUACAUGUGUUUGUCACUGUGUAGACUGUAACAAAACGUGUACAGAAUGUUCGCCUGGAUGGGGUGGAUCAGUCAAAAAUAAAUGCCAAAGAGCUUAUACAUUAUAUCGAGCUGAUGGUGAAGAAAACACACAAACUAAAAUACUGGAUGGUGAUCUACGGACAUUUGUAAUGGAUUCAAGCGAGUUCCCAUUUGUACGAGUCCAGCUUAAAAAUGCAACACAAAUUGAUGAAGUAGACGUUACCGUAUUCCUUCGAAGAAAAACGAAGUACACAUUCUAUGUAAAGGAGAUGGAAUAUGUACGUGAACCUGCAGUGACUUGUGACACCUUAUUACAUACUGAAGCGGAUAUAGUUAAAACCAUAACGAUGAAAUGCAGUAAACCUCUUACUGGGAAAUAUCUCGAAAUUGUGUCUGAAGGAAAUUCCACAUUGCAGGUUUUUGAAAUCCAAAGCUUAGAUUGUACAAGUGGCACUUUCAGAAAAAAUUGCAGUAAUAUAUGUCCAUCAGGAUGUAACAAGGAGUGUGAUAAAAUGUCGGGAGAUUGUGUUUGUCAAAAAGGUUUAUAUGGAGAGUCUUGUGGCGAACCAUGCUCUCCAUUCUGCGACGAGAAUGGCUGCAACUCUAGUACCGGUGAUUGUUUUGGAUGCAAAAGUUGACAUUUUGGGGAUCAAUGUGAGAAAAAUUGUUCAACUGGUUGUCAAGAUCAAUGUGCUAAGACGUCUGGAUAUUGUUUUUGUAAAAGAAGUUUUUAUUCUGAAAAUUGUUCAAUGGAGUGUCCUUCCAAUUGCUUAAAUAGAUACUGUAAUCAAAAAACGGGUUCCUGUUUGUCAUGUGUUGAUGGUUAUUAUGGUAAAUACUGUAAUGAUGAGUGUUUGGGGAAUUGCAAUGAAAGUUGUGAUAAAACCACUGGUUUGUGUGAAAAAUGUCCAAAGAAUAGGUUUGGUCCCUUUUGUAAUCUUACAUGUUCUUUAAACUGUAAAGGGGAUACAUGUGAUAGAAUUGGUGGUGAUUGUGUUGCGUGUAAAGCAGGGUAUAGGGGGAAUACAUGUGACGCCAAAUGCCCAAGAAAUUGCCAACGAUGUAAACAAAAAGAAAUCAUCUGUGAUGUUUGUGAACAAGGUUUUUAUGGCCUGACGUGUACUGAACAAUGUCCCAUUUCUUGUGGAGGAAAUAAAUCUUGUAAAAUAAUAUCAGGCGACUGCAAUACAUGUUCUCCAGGAUACUAUGGCAGCAAAUGUGAAAAGAAAUGUAGUGAACAUUGUGAUUUAAAGAAACAAUGUACCCAAGAUACAGGGCACUGCGAGAAAUGUAUUUUAGGCAAAUACGGUCCUUUUUGUACAGAAGUUUGUAGCAAUUACUGUUUAGAAUUAACAUGUUUUAAUAAUCAGACGUGUGUCGUGGGGUGUAAAGAUGGAUGGUUUGGUGAGAAAUGUAACCAGCAAUGCAGCGCUGCAAUAAGAAGUUGUACACAAUGUAUCCAGCGAGGGGAUACAGGAAAGAUAGAAUGUCAAAAAUGUGCUAAUCAAUGGUUCUUGAAUGAAUCCAGGUGCGAUAAAUGUCCCGAAAAUUGUUUAUCAUGUGAAUCAAAUGAUAUGUGCACAACAUGUAAAAACAACCAUGUUUAUGGCAAACGAUGUCAAUAUCAAUGUAGCAAUGCUUGCAUAAAUAACGCGUGUGAAAUGAAUGGGAACUGUUUGAAUGGAUGUAGUAACGGUAAAUACGGUAGUGAGUGUGACCAGAACUGUCCUAAAGGUUGUAGGCUGUGCUUAAAUGCCUCUAAAUGUUUGGGGUGUGAUGAAGGUAACUAUGGUGCGAUUUGCCAUCUACGUUGUCAAGACAAUUGUAAAGUAUGUCGUGAUAAUGUUAGCUGUGAUGCUUGCGCACUCGGUUGGACUUACCAGAGUAAAACAUGCAAGACUUACAAUUUAGGAUGUUCAGAUGUUUCUCAUAUCUGUGGUUUCUGUGAUCAUGGAUUCUAUGGAAAUCAGUGUGAGAAGAAAUGUGAACAUUGUAUUAAUGCAACAUGUGAUGACGAAGGAAAAUGUGACAUAGCCUGUAAACCAAACGCCAACGCUAAACAGUGUAAAACAUUAAAGGAAUCUGAUGGCACCAAUCCUUCACCAGAAAUCUUGAUUAUCGCCAUUGUACUACUUCUUGUCACUAUUAUGAUAGCCGUAAUAGUCUUUAUAUAUCUUAAAGUCAAAAGGAAGGUGAGAAGGGUCAAAUCACAAGAAGAUCAACUGACUAUACACGUGAGAAAUGGUCUUGUUGCUGAAAACAAUGCUUUAUCAUUGUAUAAUAUUCAUGGAUCCCAGGCCCUUCUGACAGAACUUGAUCCAGAGGAAGAUAUUGAGGAAAUAUCUGUUCCAGUGAUUGAAAACCACAACUACUGUAAACGUGGUUAUAUCGACGAGUUGAAAAACUGACGAUUUCUUGUUUACGAAAAUUGACGAGUGUUAAUUUUGACGAAAUAUUUAAUCAAGAGUUAUAUAUCUUUGAAUUCACGGAGAUAUACAAAGUAAUUACUAAAAUUUAAUUUUUGUACAGACUACUAGUAUCUACAAUGUGUAAGAUUUGAUUAAAUAACAACUCUUGUAAGUUGGUUUCAUUAUAAGCGGUCAAUUGCCUGAGGUGACAAACUAGGUCAAACACGGCGUGAUAAUUAGGCUACGUUACGCAAGUAGUGUUCGAUAUACUAGUUUAGAUUCAAUGGUUUUUUUAAAUGUGAUUAUAUAUCUCUGUUUUCAUAACUAAUACAAAAAAUAUCAACAGUAACUUUGAUCUAGGUUUAAUAGGGGAAAGCCGAGAAAAUUAAGCGUAAUUUUGUACACUGGUCUAUGUAUGUUGUGACGCUAUAUGUAUGAUGCAAAAUCUGACGUGUUUAUAUUUUGACGAGAAAAGAAAAAUCGUCAAAAUAGUCAAAAUUAGCACAUCGUCAAAAUUUCUACGUUUACAGUACCUUAAUGUGAAAAUUUCGCGUAUUUUCGUUAACAGUCUCUGGGAAUUUACUCGAAAGAAUAAAGCCAAUGAUUAUCUCAAGGAAGAAUUCAGGGACCUUCCUGAAGGGCUGCUGCUGGAGUGUAGAGUAGCAAAGAAAACAGGAAACAAAAAACUAAACAGAUACAAGCAUAUUUAUCCUUAUCACCUUACAUGUACCAUUGUAGCAUCGUUAUCCUAUCAUGGCCCUAUCGCCUCAUUGUGCUGUGUCGCCUUAUCACCUCAUUAAGCCAUAGCAUCAUUGUCAUUGCAUUAUUGUUGUACAAUUUCUUUAUCGUCAUGGCACUAUUGCCUCUUUGCACGAUGGAUCUAAAUCUCAAAAGUUUGGUGAACUUCAUGAUCCUAUCCGCAUUCCAUAGAGUUGACAUUAUUUUAAUUUCAUGUAAUUUUUAAAAUUUCAAGGAAUUGAAAAACCGAGAGAAUAUAUAGCAGCUCAAG